AAACGAUACAGACACACGACCCGCUCCCCCGCACGCACAACGGCCCCGCCCGACGAGUGGCCAGCUCAGCUCCACUACGUGUUCCUGUCGGUAGUCCUGUGUACGAAACAGCACCCACACGUUACCUCCCUCACUGUCAUAUCCCCAUUCCCUCCAGCCCUCCUGCCGCUCUCCUGGACAUCACAGCCCCGCGGGCACCCUCCACGCGGCCCUGUGUCGAUAUGUAUGUCUGGCGGCCGCUCGGGCCCCCCAUGACCGGCCCUGCCCUGCGGCAGUGGAGAUGCACUUGUGUCUCUGCUGCUGCAGUGUGUCUCGAACACCGGCACACUCCUCCUGUGCGGCUGGUCGCUGACGGGAGAGUCGCUGGGUAUCGACCGCUGGUGCGUUGGCAUGGACCUGACCAUUCUUGUCACUGCCGGUCUUCCGGUCAUCUGGUCCCUCUCAGCAAACUCCUGUGUCGAAUCCGCACUCAUCUGGAGGUCGUCAUCCGUAUCUCCCCUGCUGGCUGGCGGAUGGGGGUGUUGGCCGGAGUAGCCCCUCGGUGAAGUGAUUGGGGUUUGUUCCGCCAUGUCGAUGUAGUUGUCGAUGCCCUCCCUCACAAAGGCGGGCGAUGCCAACACGUCGACGGCCUUGUGUUCAGGGGAGGAAGGGGAAGCCGCGCGCAGGGCGGGGAUGUCUCCCACGGCCUUCUCGCCAUUUGCGCGAUUGUAAUUCUCGAGCGCUCUUUUUUGCGCCAUGGCCAGUUCGAUCAGCUUCCGAAACUUCUUUCGUUUCCGCGCACCCUGUCCCGAACGGAAAGAUACAGAGACACAAGUCGGUUUCUCUUGUGAUCGGUUCGUGUGCGUGCAGGUGUACCUUCCAGAGAGCCUGAACCUUGAGUGCGGCCGCCACUUGUGCAGCAGAGUACAUAGUGUAUUUCUUCUCGUCUGGCUUCCGUUGGGGGAACGGCAGCACCCGCGUGAUGUUCUUGUUGAUGAGGCGGAGAGCCUCGCAGUCGGCCACCUGCCGCAUGUCAGCCCCGCUGACACAUGACGCGAGGCUCCACAGCACCUCCAUGAAGUGCACACGCCCGCCGUGGUCCUUGACGCCCAGGUUGGCGAUGAUCUGAAGGAGGGUGCCUCUGCAGACAGACAGAGGACAAGACAUUGCUAUGGAAGGAUAGUGCAGGUGUGUCUGUGUAAGUGUGCUGCUGACGCGGCGAAGACCUCCCCCUUGAAUCCCAGUGGAGGCUCCAGUUCGGCCAGCAGCAAGGGCAGCUGACCAGGAGCGGAGAGACACACACGUUCGUCCAGACUCUUGUUCUCGCCAUUCAUUCAUAUGUGUGUACGCACCUUAUGCGUUGGCAGCCAGACCUCUGCGUUCGGACAAAGUCGAGCCCAUGCGCUGAUGUAGCGGUCCAUGUCCAUCUCAGACAGCAAACGGAAAUUGAGCCGCUGCACAGAAAGGGAAAAUGCAUAUCUGACCAUUGGCAGCCUUGCUUUGUAGUUACGUCAUCUGCGAUGUCUGAGAAGUUUUCGAGGAUGACGGCGAUGAAGAGAUUGAUGAACAUGAAGGACCCCAACUGACACGUGACGGCAGAGCCCGUCUGUCUUUUUGUUUGCUGGUUCCUUCCUUCAUAUGUUAUGUGCACGACGCGACCUACCAGCGUGAAUGAGCUGAAGUAGAUGAUGGCAAAAGUGGUGCUGCCACAGUCCUGCGUAUAUCAUCAAUACAUCAAUCAAUCCAGUCUGUCUCGCCUGUCCACAGCUGAGCUGUGUAUGUGGAGUACCGACCGCUUUGCCGUCAAAGGCAUUGCAGUCCUUGCGGGUGAAACAAUCAUGCAUCAGGUCAUUCCUGCAUCACAACACAACAAGUGAAGUGAGCACAUUCACCCGGCGCUCGGCAUUCAAAGCCCUUUUGUGUCAUUCAUGCGCACCAUGCCUCCCCAGUGGCCAUUCUGAAGAGUGUCAUCAUGGCGUAGUAAAAGGUGCUGAAGUUGGCGUCUUCAUUUAGCUCCUUGUUGCCCUCUUGCGGCAGCUAGACACAAUCAAUGAAUGACACACAGGCAAGCCGAUCGUGAGUAAGUCCGGCAUAUCAUUCAAUUGGCUGCGUACCUACCCGUCCGAACAAGGCCAUCCCAGCCACCGCAUAGACAUAGAACAGUAGCAGCAGUAGAGCACUGAGCAGAGACACAGCGAAUGGGCGGGACGUCCAACGGCUGUUGUGUCUCGUUGAAGACCUUACCCCACAUUGACGAGCGACGGAAGCGAUGACAACAGCGUCUGAAACAAAUUGCGAAGCUGCCGCAGCGACUGAAGCCAAAUGAACAAAUGCAUAAGUGGUGCGAAUAUUCCGAUCAGUAGUCUGACCUUGAUGAGUCUGAAGAGCCGUGCGAUCCUGAGGAUGCGGAGAAUCGUCGUGUCGAAACCCAGCUCGACUGCAGCAGACACACGAAAGUCGAUGAUGUUGACACGACAUACGGGCGCACGCCAUGGCAGCUGCACUACCAGCGUUAGAUUCCUUGAUGAUGAUGCCCAACAUUGGCAGCAUGACGGUCGCGAAAUCAAACACGUUCCAGGGGUCCUGAUAGACCGUGUGCACGAAUCUGCUGUUGGUGUGCACAUUUCUGAACAAACCUGGAAGUAUAUUCUCGGUUUGAAUGCGAUGAUUUUCAUCAGAACUUCACACCCGAACACAGCCAAGAAACAAUUGUUGGCCUGGAAAAGGCACAAACGGCAGAUGGGUGGACCGAAUUGCCUGUCUCUGUCUGCGCGCACAAUAUUUUGGAAGUCGCUUAGCGCCUUUGGGGCUUCCCAGAAUCCGAUAGCCAGCACCUGGACGCAAAGACAACACGGUCAUUCCAUUGCAGGUCUCCUAUCAUAUAGUGCUGCUUACGAUAGCAUUGAGUAUGAUGCACACGAGCACCGCGAUCUCAAACUCAGGCCGAGACACCCAGUGGAGAAGAAAACGACGCAGACCGCUCUUCUGCAAAAUCGAUUGAACCGAAAGCACUGCACUGCACGCCUACUUGGCUCUUUGUGUAUGUAUCGUCUCACUCACAGGUCGCCUGAGGAGCACUUUGGGACGGAUUUUGAUGAGCAUGCGUUGAGUCUGGACCCACUCCAGCUGCUUUGGGCUGAGGAAGGACAGGCCAUUCAUCUCGUUGCGGAUGUCGGAGAAUUUGUCGAUGACAAUGCCGACGAAGAGGUUGAGGAUGAAGAACGACAUGACAAAUAUGAAGAUCAUGAAGUACACGACGGCAGUGGGGCUGGCAUCAUAUUCCAGUGCCCUGCACACACACAUACAUUCAUAGUCACAUGGGCGAGCUAUUCUUUAGCAUUUGCGCUGCAGGUGUCAUCCUCACUUUCUCGGCGCUUUUGUGUCAGUGCACAGGAACAUGAUGUCGGGCCACUGCUCCAUUGUCGACAUCUGAUGAGAUCGACAACGAGAACUUCUUUCUUGUCUCAUGCGUCAAUUCAGUCAGAGGACAGACCUCAAACAGUGUGAGCAUGGCGAGGAAAACGUUGUCGAACGAGUGAUCGAGCCGCUCCCACUCCCUCUCUCUCGUCACGAUGUCUCCCGUCGGGCCUUCCCUCACUUGAAACUCGCCCACACACUCAUCGGCCGUCUUGAUGGUCGGAUCGCUGCACUGGUACAGCUUGCCCUUAUCACAUGAGAGGGAAAAGGAGGAGCAGAUACCGAGGAAGAGACGGUCGCCUUUGUCUACCUUGAAGAACUGGACGCCCAGGAUGCCGAAUAUGAAUAGGAAGAGCAUCGACACGAUCAGCACGUCAGCUAUGGCGGGAAUCGCACGUAAGAUAGAGUUGACGGCCGCCUGAACAGACAGACAACGAGAGAUCCAUGGGCCUACGUGAUUGAUUGCAACUCACGAUUACCUUCAUUCCCUCGUUUCGAGACACCAUCCUCAGUGGCCUCAGUGCCCGCAUAGCACGCAGACUCUUGAGCCAUGACAGAUUCAAAUCGGCUGACAGAGACACAGCCAGAGUCGCCAAUACGCUAUAUAUCGCAGGGCGCAGGCCACGUCAUGUGCGCAUACAUGAUUUGGGGUCGAGUGUGAAUGCGAUGUUGAUGACCGACGUGAUGACGAUAAAGAAAUCCAAGACAUUCCAGGCGUCACGCAAAUAGGCCGUCCUCUCACGCACAAAACCGUACACAAGAAUCUGAGACACAAAGAAGCUGCCAUGAUGCACAGCGUGCGCAGUCACGCACAGCGUCUGUGUGCUGUGCCACCUUCAUGAAGGCUUCAAGUGUGAAGAAGACAGUCAGCACGACAUCCAGCGCAAAGAGGAUGUCCUUAGUGUCAGACCCGGGAGACAGGCCUGGCUUGUCCAUCGCCAGUCCUGCACCCACACAGAGACAAUCAAGGAAGGGUCCAUUUAUUCCACUAGAACGACAGUUCAUGCAUUUUACCGACAGCCCCCACUGCGAUGAGCCCGUAUAUGAAGCUGUCGAAGAAUGGAUGCUUCACCACAUUCCACGCCCACACACGCAAAGGAUGCUCCGGCUUAAGGCAAAACAGCGCGUCCCCCACCGGGCCUUGUGUCUUAAUCACAGUAGACCCCGAGACGCCACUCGGCUGUCUCGCGAAAGACCCUGUCGCCGACCGAAGCAGUCCGAGUGUCUGUGUGGUAAGCUUCCGCAGCAGAUUCGACGGCGUCUUGACGGCUGCUGGAGGCAUCGGUGACGGUCCAGGCAGCGCCUCACUUGAGGUCGCGCCAGAGCUCAUCUCCUUCGGGCCUCCAGUGGACGACUCGAAGUGCUUGAUGAGGAUGGCCAGGAAGAGGUUGAGCAGGAUAUAGUUGCCAAGGAUGACAACUGAGACGAAGUACAGGGCCGACACCCAGCUCUUGGUCUCAAUGCCGACGUAUGCGACGCUGUUCCAGUCCUCGCCCGUCAGCAGGAUGAAGACAGUGGUAAACGAGUUGAGAAAAUUCUUGAAGUUUGGCCGGAUCAGCUCCUCUUCAUCGCUCGGGUCGUCGGACCAGUCGUCUUUCAGCCAUUUGCCGCCUGCACACGGAGCACUCAAUCAGUGACAAUAGCUUGUUCCUUCUUUUCACUGGCCUCGGUCACCAUAAAUGGCCAUGCCGAGCAGCGUGAAGACGAACAUGAACAGGAACAUGAGCAGUCCAAGGUUGGCGAUCUCCCCAAGCGAUGCCAUCACCGUCACCAGCACUUUCCUGAGCCCUUUCCAGGAACGAGCCAGCCGCAACACGCGGAGGAGCCUGAACGUCCUGAGUGCCGUGAAGACGCCAUUCUUGUCUGGGAGAAUAGAGAAGGGAACGUAGUUUAGGACCGUAAUCUCGCCAAUACUUAUCCAAACAAUGAUACUGCAAGGGGGAGACACACAUAUACACGUAGUGUGAACAGAAUUAUCCAGUGGAUGGGUCUCGUCUGUCUUGCGUCUCUUACAAAUCGAAUGUGUUGAAGCCAUCGGCGAAGUAUGCCCUGCAUCCGAGGCCAGUGAGUUUGAUGGCCAUCUCGCCGAAGAACACAAAAGUGAAUACGUAGUUGAAUGUGUCCAGCAGCUGACACAGAUACCAAGCAACCGAGCAUCCAUACAUGUCGAUUUUUCCUCCUCUCAGAUUAUCCUCUGACCUUUUGCAGGUCUGCAUCCAUGCCGCUUGUGUCACUCUUGGUCGGAUCAUAAUGGUCGAUAGCGAGCACGACGGUGUUGACGAUGAUGAGCAGUGUGAUAAAGCCCACGAACAGACCGUGGGCUUGUACCCUGUACAGCAAUCGACGGAACCGACUUAGCGACAGCUCGUUGAAGUUGAUCGUCUGGGACAACCAUAACAGCAGAGAAGCCACUGAGAGCCUCGCUUUGUGUUAGUAAACAAUACAUACAGACACAUCUGGAUGCGUACUGCGCGGCCGUAUGAGCGGUUUUUCCUUUUCGGGCUCUGUCCACUUGUCGCACUGGCCGCAUCUCCGUCGGCGAUCUCAUCGGACGUCCUGUCAAAGUUGGAGACGAGCACAGCGACGACCAAAUUGAUCAUGAAGAAGGACCCCAAGAUGAUGAGCGAGGCGAAGUACAGGUCGUUGACGAUGCCGCGAGGGUUGGUCUUUCUCAUGUCGUACAUGAUGGGCGACCAUCCCUCGAGCGUGAUGACCUGGAACACCAGGAACAUUGCUGCCGGCAGGUGAUCGAACGAUGUGACCCCAUAGUUGGGAUUCUCGCCCUUCUGCAGACAACGCGUGCCAUCAGGACAACGCUGGAAAGAGUCUGCACUUCAGAGAAACAGAGACAUACAUCCGGCGCGGACAGGUAAGACAUUGAAUGGAGUUGACUUGUCUCGUCAUACGUGGUCCAUCAGGGUGACAAAAUGCAGCAUCCUCUCCCUCCAUGAGCACAAAGCGGUCAGUCCCCUCCUGCUGCUCACAGAUCCCAAUGCCCUCAUAAUCGACCAGGAUAUUCCCAGCACUAGAAGCGUUCAGCGGAGGCGACUCCCCUGGAGGAAGCCCCUCGGCAACUGAAGGCUCGCAGAAACACUGCCGCCUCAAUGCGCCCGCAUAAAGCUGCACGCCGACAAUGCCAUACAGCACGAUAACGAACGCGAAGAGGAUCAAAGCAUCCCCGAGCAUAGGAAGGGAAUCAAUUAGCGACUUGACGAGAAUGCGCAUGCCGGGGAAGCGAUUGAUGGUUCGCAGAGGUCGCAAGAGACGAAUGGUACGCAGAGCGGAGAAGCCAAGGCUUGACAGCGACUCAAAGAAGAAGCCGAUCCAUCCGGCGACAACGACAAUGAAAUCGAGGAUGUUGAAAGGAUCCUUGAGAUACGAAUUGCGCCCCAACACAAAGCCCAUAGCGAUGAUCUUGAAGAACAUCUCCACCGUGAAGAGAUAGAGAAAAAUGCUGUCGACCUCAGCAAGGAACUUCUUGCGCGAUGGCGGGGCCUGCGGCUCGUCCAUCGCCAUGACGACGCAAUUUGUCGCAAUAAUAAGCAAAACCACCCGGUCGAACCAUGGGUUGGACACCAUCUGGAUGAAGAACGCCCUGACAGGAUUCUUAGGCGUUAGGCCACAGAGAGCAGUAGUGGCAUAUCUGCCAUGUGGCGUCACUCCCGCGGCCUUAUAGACCUCCAGCAUGCUGUGGCUCCGAGUCAGCAGCUCCCGCAUCCACACGUGUCGAGGCACGGAUGCCUCAGGAACCGCCUUUGUAAGCUCUGCCGGCGGUGGUGGUGGUGCACGACCGAUGGGCAGAGGAGACAGGGGCGAUCCCGGGUGCGGGUCAGGGGCAUCAAGAUGAACAGCCUCCACGUUCUUCUUCGCAAAUUCCGUCGCGAGGUUUUGCCUGCCGUCAGCUGCCGUCGGUUGUCCUGAUCGCAUUGGCGAGAAGACAGAAUCCUCAUGAAGCUGAUAGACAGGUGUGUGAUUCGCGCGUGGCCCUGCUCUGCUGCUAAUAUGAGACUCCUUCUCUUCUUCUUCGUGUUCCAAGAUAGGAACAUCGACUGUGUGGGGUCGCACGUGCUUUGGGCUCUGGCCCUCCCCGAGGGACGUCUGAGAGAAGGUCACGCUGAGCCGAGACGUGGACCGGCCGUAGUCUCGCCGAAGGAUGGACGAUGGCCGCUUCGGUGGCGUGACGUCUCGAGCGCUUGUCGGAGGCUCCUGCCGCGCGGAGGGCUCAGCAGGGGGAAGGGCGUGUGCGGGCUCGAUUGGGCGCUGUGCAGAGUGCUGCUGGAUGAGUAUGGCGAUGUCGUGCUUCCGCCUGAGCAUCGGAUUCCACUCGAGAAGGUCCAGUGAGAGGCCUCCCUUGUCCUCUCCAUCUUUCCCUGCAUCCGUCAUCUUGGGCGACUUGCCCCUUUCCGCAUUUAGGCUCUCUUCGAGUAUCUCCAGCAGCAGAGAUGAGUUGCGUUUGCCGCCUUGUUUAUCCAUUGAUUCGGGGAGGAGGCCCUCCAUGCCCUUGACGCUUCCUCCAAGCCUUGCAGCAGCUCGAUUCAUCAUUGUCGUAGAUCUCCGUUUCUUCAAGUACUU